AUGGAUCAUUCAAAUAAACAUAUAGAUCCGGAAGUGUUGGAUUUUUACCGACCUUCUCACAUAAACGAAAACCGAUUAUCCAGCUCAGGUCACAAUUGUCAUACCCAUGACCUUCACACACCGGGAAAUCAAUACCGUUCUCCACAGGGCAUGUCUCAACUUCCUCUCCACGUCAAAACUAGUAGUGCCCCCCGAGUUUCGGCGACUGCAGCUGUUCAUAAUGCUCACGGAAUUCAUCCUCAACUUCUCAGAGUAUACCAACAGGGACGUCCUCAAAGUGCUUCCCAACAUCAUCCCACAAGACAGCCAGUCCAUCCCGAGCUCUUUCGUCACAGUCCUCAAUCUUGCCAGUCUAAUCAGAGUACUUGUGCUGCCAGUGUCACUAGCGGGUCUACCGGCUAUGCUUCCCUAAAUAGCAAUUGCAAGGCGGGUCAUAAACCCGCUGCUGGCCGCUUAAGAGCCGCUGAAUUAAUUUCCCUUCUUCGUGGUAAAUAUGCCAUGCUACCCGGCGGACGCGCAAGGAAUGGUGGACCUAUUCUUUGUUUCCCCGCAAAUUCUCAUGCUGAUUGUCUACCUCUUGAGGAACUAUACUUUCUUGUCCGAUAUCUCACUUACUUACCCGAGGAAAAUGUUAAGAAACUUGGAUUUGCCGUCAUUAUUGACAUGCGAAGUGGAACUACUUGGCAUAGCGUUAAACCUGUUCUUAAGGUUAUUGAAGAAUGUAUAGGAGGGAAUGUAGCGAUGACUUAUAUUAUAAAACCGGACAAGUAUUUGGAGAAGCAAAAAGUUCAAAUGUCAAUCAGCAAAUUUAGCUUCAAUAUUCAGUUGGUAUCAAUUGAUCAACUGUUUCUCGAAGUUGAUCCUAGCCAACUAACUGCAGAUUUGGAGUUAAUUCCUCAAGUUCGACAGACUGUCACCCAGUUAUACGAAUUUCGUGCCCAUCUCCAGCAGAAGUGGGAAACUGGACGAACUCGGUUGGAACAAAUUUACCAAUUCCGCUUAUUUGAAGAUGAUGCCAGCAGAAUGACAUCGUGGCUGGAACAGCAAAGUGUACUCCUUCUCACCGAACAUGCGGAUAUUGGUGAAACUGCUAGUCAGGCGGUUCAACUGCACAGUCAACAUAAACAAUUCUUGCAGAAGUGCAGUGGAGUCAGAGAACAGGUUUCGCGCUUAACAGGAAUUGCGCGGAUGUUGGCUGAUACUGGACAUUUUGCUGGGCAGCAAAUGCUUAAACAAGCCAAUGAGUUGGAACAUGAGCGAAAAUCCUUCACUACUGCGCUUGACGAGCGUUCUCGGGUUCUCCAACUCUCAACCAGUUUCCAUACUCGUGCUGAAGCCUUCCUCAACAAUUGUACAACCUGGGAGACGAGUGUUCGUCAUGUCUCGGGUACUAACGUGAACGAUCUCAAUCAGGCGUUGAGGCUGAUCCAAGAACGCUGGCAGGAUAUACAGAGAUCGUAUGAAGAAGCGUGUCGAGAUGGACGCGCGAUGGUUGAUUUGCUGAGUGCUCCAGUUACCGGUGGGUCACAUACCAACCUUACGGCGGCUAUCGAUUAUUCACAGGGGCGGAAACACUGUGCCGAUUUGGUACACGAGUUAUGGGCCUGGUACAAACGUCUGGAGAGAACGUUCACAGAUCGAAAAUCUCGUCUCACGUCUCGCCUUGCUCUCCUCAUGUUCAAAGAGGACGUUGGCCAGGUGUUGGCCUGGCUCACCGACCACGGCGAGCCUUUCUUAGCUCGUCAAACCGCCAUCGGAAAGUCCAGCCAACGAGCCGAGCAACUCUACAAUGCUCACAUGCAAUUCGAACAGGUUGCUGCCAACACUUUGACGAAUGCGGACAAAUUGAUUUCAGCGGUGGAAGAGCUUGCUUCUCAAGCAGAAAAUCCACGUGAAGUUAGACAGGUCACAAACGAACAAGACACCGUAUGGCAACUCCUUGGAGAUCGUCAAAUGCGCCUGGAGCUCUGCAUGCAGUUGCGUCUCUUCGAAGCCGACGUCCACAAUUCUAUGGAGGGUCUUCGUCGAGAUGUUCCAGCUAUAAUAGCCAUUGCUGCUGCUUCCGCUGCAACGGCUACUGCAACUUCGACGCCUUCGACAGAUGCCUCCUCCAGCACUCCUCAGUCUGCUGCUACACCUCAGUCCCCUUCCAGUACCAGCAGUUCUGAUCUCGGGUGGAUUUCUGACCCUCGCCAGGCUCCCAGUAUUCAAGCUUUGGAGGAAGUGAACGUUUCUUGCACCGCGGUGCUUCCCAAAGUGGAGGAAGUACUUAAUAAAGGUGGCGAACUUAUUCGCAUCUUUGAGUCGGUUGGAGUUAACUUCCCAGCUGGUAAGAUGCUCUGCUAUUUUUUUGUGCUCUUUAUUUGCUCUAUCAUCCUUUAA